CCCGUUUUUGUAUCACAGCUAUGUAUUGAGUAUUGACUCUGCUUCUUGUAAAAGUCAAUAAAAAGAACGAAGGGUCAACGCCGAGAAAAACCCUAACCCCGCCGGAAUUCUCCAGAGAAAAUGCAGCAGAAUCAGUCAACCUCCGUUGAUCCCGACCUUCCACGGCUUGCCAGUAUCAAAGUCCGGUCUUCAUCCCCCCGUUUCCGGCCGCAGAACACCCCUACCGGUACCGACACCCCCACCGCUGGAGCCCAGCGUAGGAUCGGCAUCGCAGUCGACCUCAGCGAUGAGUCAGCCUUUGCUGUCAAGUGGGCUGUCCACCAAUACCUCCGUCCAGGCGACGCCGUGAUUCUUGUCCACGUCCGCCCUACCUCGGUGCUCUACGGUGCUGAUUGGGGAUCUGUUGACCUCUCUAUCGUUGACACAGACAACGAGGAGUCGCAGCAGAAGCUGGAGGAUGAUUUCGACACAUUCACUAUCACGAAGGCCUCCGAUCUGGCUCAGCCGCUUGUCGACGCGCAUAUUCCGUUUAAAAUCCACAUCGUCAAGGACCAUGAUAUGAAGGAGAGGCUUUGCCUGGAAGUGGAGAGGUUAGGGCUUAACGCGGUGAUCAUGGGAAGCCGUGGGUUUGGGGCCACCAGGAAAGGAAACAACAGCAGACUCGGUAGUGUAAGUGAUUACUGUGUUAGGCAUUGCGUGUGUCCUGUCGUGGUUGUCAGGUAUCCUGAAGACAGAGACGGACGAAGUACUAAUGUUGAACCGGUGGUGUCCGUGGCUUCUAUGGAGGAUGAGGACGAACCAGAGUAUCAUGAUGCACAUGAUGAUCGCAAAGAUUCUUAAUUUAGAUUUGGAACUCUGACAGUUACGUCCCCUCAUGGCUGAAGACCAAGUCCAGAAGUAAUUUAGUGUGCAAACUAUUACCCUGUUUUGAGGUGCUUUGUCAUUUAAGAGUCUUGUGAUAUAUGAAUGUGCCGUAUGAUCUUAUAUGUAAAUGAAACUCGGCAAGUCUUUGGUUGAUUGUUGUAGCAGUUUGCGUGUGUGACACUGUGACCUGUGUGUGAUAAAUGUAUCGUUUUGUGUCUUCGAACUGGCAUCGUUGUGUCUUGUUCAUUGUGAUGCUGCAAAUUUCUAAGAUUCUGAGCCGAUUUUAUACAAGUGUACACCAUAAUGCUUGUUACGGAGAGUAGGUAAAAAUGCAUUUGUG